CACUCGAUCGAUAGUAAUGUUAAACGUGAAACGAAACGUACUCACUAUUUGACAAGUUGACAGUGACAGUUGACGGUUCAGAAAUUUUCUUUCAGUGAUUUUUCGGAAAAUGCACGGGAGUGCUGCUUGUUUUGUAUCUUUUUUUGUAUUUAAACCAAAUUUUAAGUGAAAUCUGCGGCCAUGGAGGCGGUCAGCAUCUCGGAGAAGCAGGCCGCGGAGGCUGCAGAGGUCGAUCUGGAGGAACAGGUGAAGCGCACAGAUGAGCAGCUGGACAUGAUGUCGUGGAAGAUGGACAAUGUGGAGAAGCAGCUGGAGGUGCCCGGCGCACCCGAGGAGGCCGUCAUACACCUCAUGAAGUCAGUCACUGAGGUGCGCCAGGACUACCACCAGCUGCGCCGCGAGCUGGUCGAGGUCCAGGCUCUACAGCGGGAGCUCUCCGGCCGGCUGAGGACCCAACUACGCCUGGUCCACACGAAGUUCGCACGCCUCCGCCAACGCCUGGUCGAGGCCACGCCGCCGCACUGAGCGACAUCUAGCGGCCAGUAGCGGCACUUUUUAAUUGGGUCAGUUGCUGUAGUGUAGCUCUAUCUAGU